AAUAAAUGGUCUUCUGGGCCUCUCAUCUGUUUGAGCUCUCUAUUGAUCGGGAUAAUCAAUCCAAAUACAAUAAUCAAGUCAAAGUUUAAAAUAAGCAUUUAAAAAAAAUGGAAAAAGCUUGUCUGCACGUUAACAUGUCCCACUCCUAUGUGGACUUUGGACAAUACCUGGUCGGCUUUAGAUCUCGUUUCUUCUUUCCCGCUUUCUUAUCUCAUAGGUUGAGAACCGAACCUCACGUUGACCCCAUAGAUCAAACAAUACACGAAAGACUCCGUAAAUUGUGAAUCGAAGAAUUGUGAGAAUGGUGGAGAGAACGAUGAGUCUAGGCGUGGGAGGCAACGGAGCAACCAUGCGAGCGCAGCAGGAGCUUCUUCAAAAGAUCACUCGUGAGCUCGACGCUGAACGGGAAGCCUCUUCUUCAGCUGCUUCAGAGGCCCUGUCGAUGAUCCUUCGCCUUCAGGGAGAGAAAGCAGCGUUGGAGAUGGAGGCUAGUCAGUACAAGAGACUGGCCGAGGAGAAGAUGUGCCACGCCGAGACUUCUCUGACGCUCUUCGAAGAUCUGAUUUACCGCAAGGAAAUGGAGAUGGCGUCUCUGGAGUUUCAGGUUCAGGCUUACAGAUGCAAACUGCUCAGCCUCGGCUGCUCUGAUCAGGCCGAGGAGAAGAAGAAAGGUGAUGUUGAGAGUAGUAGUUCUUUGUCUCCUCGUCAAGACUUGAGCGCGUGUUGGGAGCAGAUCAGGAUGAUAGACGAUCGUGUUCGAGAGGUGUCAGAGUCGAGAGAUAUUUCCAAGGGAUCGAAAUGGGGUUUGCUUAGGCGUGAGUCGAUUUCACAUGCGCUGGUCUCACAGGUGAGUAGUACUAUUCUAGAGUCAGCCAAGAGUGACGUCAGUUCGAUAAUAGAGAUGAUCAAGAACCCUGAUAGAGAGGUUCCAAGGACUAAGGAGAGCCUUGCAAUCAUCUCGGAAGAAAGAAAUGUCAGAGGCAAGAUGGUGAGUAGUAAGACGCCAAAAGAUACGAGCAUCAUGGCAGAACAUAUGAGCUUGCUAAAGGAGAUUCGAGAGCAGAUCAGUGAAAUGCAGUCAGAGAUGACAAGCUUGAGAUCAGAAUUGCAUCAAACUCGACUUGUGUCUCAUUGUGAGGAGGAUCGAGCCCUUAACUCAAUUCAAGAGGCCAUGCUUCACUUCUGGCUUUAGAAGCUACAUUGCGGCGUGGUUCUUGUUUCCCAUUCUAAGUUACUUAACUUCCCAAGAGGAACAGAAGGGAUGUAAAAAGGAAACUGAUAGAUUUCAAAGUAAAUUUCUAGUAUUUGUAUACGUAAGUCCUUUGGCAUUGUGAGAAAACAAGAUCUUACAUCUCUCCCUAAUCUAAGAGACAUGGAUGGUAGAAGUAACUUAAGUUGAUCAACAUUGAUGGUUAAUUCAUCUUUCUGGCACUGCUUUAUUGAGAAAAGAGGUACAUGUUGAAGGGAACUGGAAAUAAGUAGGUGCAGUUUUCAGCCUCAUUCUUAUUCAAUACAAUAAGGUCAGACACA